UGGAAUUAGUAUUUUAAACGGGCAGCACUUAACCAUCGCUUCAUUGGAUAUAAGGCCUUAUAUGCACAUUGAGCACGAUCACAAAGGACAGAUAUAUAAGCUGGAUGGCUUCGUCUAUCAGAUGGUUCUGUGGCUAUCAGUUCGGUUUAAUUUUACAUUUACUGUGGUUGAACCCAAGGAUGGUGCUGUCGGAGCUUUAGUUAAUAACACAUGGAAUGGUAUGAUUCACAUGGCCAUAAUCCGAGAAGUAGAUCUCGUUGCAGCACCAGUCGUGCCGUCUUCAGACCGAAUUCGAGUUGUAGACUUUAGCAUUAGCUAUUUAGACGAGCAAGCGGCCUGUCUUAUCCCAGCUCCCACCUUUGAUAGAAAUAAAUGGACUGCAGUUUUCAGGCCUUUUGAUUAUACGGUUUGGUUGAUGAUAAUCUUUUCUCUAGUUAGCAUUGCUACAAUCACUUGGAUGACUACGAAUGCUUAUUGGAAAUGGUGUUUGGACAGAUCUCACAUUCACGCUACUCUUCGCUUUCAAUUGCCGUUUUCUCAAAAUUUUCUCUUCGCAUUUGGAGCCCUUUGUAGUCAGUCCAAAUGGAUUCCGAGUAGUUCUUAUUCCACUCGAAUCGCAACAUCAUCUUGGUGUCUUAUGUCGGCCGUCUACGCUUUUUCGAGCUGCAUAAUCGCAUACUUGACGAUCCCUAAAUCGCAUCUUCUCGUGAACUCUAUUGAGGAAUUGGCCAAUAGCGAAAUCCUUCAAGUGGCCACUCUCAAGAACUCCAUCUUUGAAACAACCUUAUUGCAAUCUAAUUUUGGUCCGAUGAAGAACCUAGGAGACAGCUUGCGAAAAAAUCCUGAGAAUAGAUUAACCCGUCAUUAUUACAACCAAGCAAAAUUGUUAGAUAAAGUUUUCGGUCGGCUUGCCCUUACAACGGGAAAAUUACAACUGGAUAUGCUAAUGGAGUUGGACUACAGAAAAAGUAGGCGAUGCGAUUUGACUCUUUUGCCCCAACAGUUCAUGCCAAUUUUGAAAACGUGCUUAGCUCUGCCAAAGGGAUCGACCUACACUCAUCUAAUCAACCUAGGGAUCAUAGAGAUGAACGAGUUGGGACUGGUGGAUCAAUGGAUCAAACGCUAUGUCAAUCAAACAAAUCAAUGUAGCCAUGGAAUGCGAAAAUUUCAUCGUUCGGAAACUCAAACGAAACACCCUCUUACACUUUCUGUAUUGGCGAGCGCUUUCGCUCUUCUUCUGCUGGGCAUUAUUGUAUCGUAUUUUACAUUCUUCUUGGAGCUGUAUUUCUUUAAAAAAUCGAAGAAUAGUCUAGUAAUAAUCUAAUGACAUCACGCAAGCACGGCAAAUACAACUGCCUUAUUCGGCA